AGAGAGAAUUAAAAUAAAAUUAAUUAUUAAAAUCGAAACGACUAGAUCUAAUUAAUUUACUAGCAAAAAAUACGAAUAAGAAUAACUUAAAGAAUAGAAAAUAAAUUUAAAAAGAGUUCACACAAACAUGUUUUCUAAAAAUGUUUCGAGAAAUGUUUAACAUUAAAAAGUGAAACGAGAAAAGCAAGCAAAUACAAAACAAGAACGACCAAGUUGCCUGGCAAAGAAAUACGAAAAGGGGCACAACUAAAAACAAAGAGUGUAAAGUUCGCACAGCAGUGUCUGACUGACGUCGAGGCACAAGGUGUUUUUGGCGUAGCGUACCUACGUUCCGUUCCGUUUUUCGGUUUCUCUUUAUUUUGGGCAAACAAAAGUCUUGCCUUUUCUUUAUUGGGGAAGGCCUUUAACCUUUGUUAGCAUUUGCCAUUUGGUGUCUAAUUAUAGAUCAAUUCCCUAGGGAUUGGAAUGUUUUGUGUAUAGUUUCCUAUUGCCAAACCACUUUGGGAAUCGGGAAGUGCAAAGCACUCACAACAUUAUCAUUUCCAACAAACUUCGACCAAAGACAUACCCUCCAAACCAACUGAAGUAGAAGAAGAAGCAUUCCACAUUGAGACUGCACUGAGAAUUCCGACACUGUCUAACAAAAAAAAAAUACUACUACCAACUAUUUAUUACUACGACAACUCAUCGCACUGCACUAGAGGGAAGACCUUGAGAGAUCUGGCUUAUGGUUGCAAAUAAUCGCCAAAUCGCUCUGAUUGCCGUUUGCCGACGUUCAUUUAUGAUUGUGCAAAAUCACCAUCACCAGGCAGCCUAAGCAAAAUAGCCGACAACAACGUAAACAAGCUGGUGUGAUUGUGAUUUUUGUCUUAACUCAAUAAUUAUCAUCAGCUGGAAAUUAUCGUAACUCUAAAGCAGAGUGGAGGUAACGGGAAGAAAAGUUGCCUACCAAACGUAUUAGCAGCAGCAACAAAUCUGAAACAGUUACCCUAAGCCGACACAAUGUCAAUACGAACCAAAGUUCUUGGCAUGGUGGAUGUCAUUAUGCGUGUUCCACCAAUUUUAAUUAUAGAUGAAAUCCUAAGAAUUGAUAUGGGACUUUCCAGUAGCGGCAGUAGUAGUAGUGCUGGUGCUGGCGGUGGAGGAGGUGUUGGGAGUGUUGAUUCGACAGUAGAUGUUGUGGAUAGUAGUAAUGCUGCCGGUGUGGCGGAAUCAAUUGUUGCAGCUGCAGCAACGGCUGCUACCACAGCGAACGCUACCAACCCCGGUGGAGGUUUUGUAGGACAAAUGUUUGUUGACCUCGUCGAGGAUUUUACAAGUGAAACAUAUAUAUCGGACCUGCUCGGAUUAACAUCAGUGAGAUUUCUUAUAUGUCUGUUAGGUCUUAUAUGUGCUAUUUGUGUUGUUGUGCUUUGGACGAGGCAUCUGGUUGUGGUGUAUAUGUUUGUGAUAUCACUGGGUUUAACCUUCCUCUCACACUGGUCAAAUAUAACGGCUCUGGCGAUAAUCGAAAAAAGUCCCUGCAUACUGGAGGAUGUAUUGUCGAUGAACACAACACGUUUAAUGGAUACCGGUAGUGUUGUUGUGGCGGUAGCACCACAUAUUGUCGCUCAAUGGUUUAUGGGUAUGCUAUUUGCCUAUAUACAUUUGGGUCCACGCUACAAGAUGCUGCAAAAAAAGAUGCCAUUGAUUUUUGCCAGUCCCAUAUUACUAGCCACUUUGCCACUGAAACCAAGAUUAAUAAAAUAUCUAUCACUGCUGGCACAUACCAUACCAUUGAUAUUAACGAAAAUCACCCUCUUAACCAGUGCCAUGGAUGUCAUUAAGACUGUCUGCAAUGGCUAUAUGUAUGCCAUAAAUUUUAUAAGUAAUUUUGGUGUAUCCGCUUUGAUUGAGAACGAAUGGCAGCGGCUGAAUGUGCCAAGUGUUUUGAGAGUUUUCUGGAUCAUAAGGAUGACUCUUGAAUUCGUUUCAAUGAUGUUGCGCAAUGAAGUGAACUCUGGAAAUCUUUUACCCACCAUACAAUCGCUGCUCGUCAAUGGCUGUGGAACAUUAACGACUGUCUUGGGCAUGACAUCUGUUAUAUCGGUGAUAUGUGAUUACAUAGGCAAAGCUUUCCAAUGGUAUCUCUUGACAUUCGACAAUGAAGAAGAGAAAUCUCUGGGUACUGUGUCGGCAGUUUUGUUCUAUGUUCUGGCCCUACAAACCGGCCUAACAUCAUUGGAUCCCGAUAAGCGUUUUGUGCGUCUAUGCCGCAAUUUAAGUCUUUUAAUUACGGCAUUGUUGCACUUUAUCCAUAACAUUGUCUCACCCAUGCUUAUGUCGCUGAGUGCAGCCCGUAAUCCAUCACGUAAACGUCAUUUCCGUGCCUUAACCGUGUGCGCAUUCCUAGUCAUUGCUCCGAUUUGUUUGUUGAUAACACUGUGGAAACGCCAUUCGCCGUCGACAUGGUUGUUGGCCGUGACAGCUUUUUCAGUGGAGGUUGUUGUAAAGGUUCUCGUUUCCUUGGCCACCUAUACCUUGUUCCUUGUGGAUGCAUGGCGUUCCACGUUCUGGGAGAAAUUGGAUGACUAUUUGUAUUAUGUCCGUGCUUUUGGCAAUUCCGUAGAAUUUUGUUUUGGUAUUUUGCUAUUCUUUAAUGGUGCUUGGAUAUUGGUCUUUGAGUCGGCACAAAAUGCUACAGGCGGCGCCAUCCGUGCAAUUAUGAUGUGCAUACAUGCUUACUUCAACAUUUGGUGUGAGGCUCGUGCCGGUUGGUCAGUGUUUAUGAAGAGACGAUCUGCUGUACAUAAAAUAUCAACGCUGCCAGAGGCAACACCGGCCCAGUUGCAGGCUUUCGAUGAUGUCUGUGCUAUUUGUUAUCAGGAAAUGCAUUCAGCCAAAAUAACCCGUUGCCGUCACUAUUUCCAUAGUGUAUGCCUACGCAAGUGGCUAUACGUUCAAGAUAGAUGUCCAUUGUGUCACGAAAUCAUGAUGUACACCGAUCGAACAGAUGAUUCGCACAAUAAUGUGCCACACCAGCAGGAUAUGGAUGCUCCAUUAGUUAAUCGUAAUCGAGAGGAUGUUGCCUUAGAAAAUGCACGAAGUCGAUCGACAGCUGAUGCCGAUAACAACACAUCAUCGUCGUCAUCAUCAUCAACGUCUGCAACAACAACAACAGUAUCUGCCAGUCUCUUGGCUACAGCUAGCGGCGUCGCUAGCGUAAGUUCUGGUCUAGUUAGCAGUAAUUUUAGUGCGGGCAGUGCCGGUUCCAGCGCUGCAUCACAUUCAUCAUCGUCAUCACAGAUCAAUACCACCGCACCCACAACAUCCAGAACAGCAGCUGUUGCUGCCACCGCCACAGCGGCGGCGAGCAAUUCAACGCAUAGUUUUCGGUUUCCAUCCGAUUUUGAUGUACAGGAUUAACUAUAACUAUAAUUUAAUGUAAUUAAAAUAAAACAAAAAAAAAAAAAAAAAAACACAAAAAAUAAAUAUACUAUAACUACUACUUAAGGUGUAUGUAUAAAUGAAAAUUUAACAAUAGAAUGAAAACAAACAAACAAAUCACAUACGCAACAUAUGUUUAUUAACGAAAUUUAAUUAAAAUUAAGUUAAGAGGACACAUUUCUAUGCGACACGUUUUUGUUUUUGUUUUUCGUUUUCUUUUUUUUUAUCGAUAUAAGUUAUUUUUUGUUUAAACAUUAAUAUAGGCAUAGACUUGUGUUUGUUUUAGUAAAAAAGGGAAAGCUUUGCUUGAUUGUUUUUUUUUUUUAUAAAAUAAAAGAAUAUAAAAUUAUUGAUAUGAAAUGAAAAUGAUUUUAAUGUCGUACACCAAGGAGUGAAAACUUUGUUUGAGUGCAAACCAAAUUUAUUAUUAGUCUGUUCCAGGUUCUGGAACAGAGCAUAUUAUAACCUCCCUUUGUUUUGUUGUUAUUUUAGACUUAUUCAGUAUCUAUUGAGAAGCUCUUAAAUUGGGGAUGUGGCAAAUUAGCAAAUACUUGGAACAAGAAGAAAAAAGGGAUGUUUUUUUAUAUGUCGAUACGUAAGUGAAUGUCAAAAAAGAAAACCAUUAGUUCGUUAAAUCGCACCAUCGCCUCUAAGCUCAAGUUCAUUGUUACGCGUGCUGUGUGGCAUGUGGUACUGCCUUGUUGAAAGCACAUGCCAUGCAAGUCAAGUUCUUAAAUUUUGGUUCUAAAAGUUCGAUAUUAUCUAAUUGUAGCGCCCAACAUUUACGGUUACGUUAAAAUUCGUAGCAUCUUUGAAGAAGUACCAUCUAAUGGUGCUAAUAAACCGUACCAAACUGUGACUGUUUCUGAAUGCAUUGGUAACUUUUGCAAUGCUUCUGGAUAAUUUUCACUCCGAACAACACAAUUUUUCGUUUCUUGAACUCUCUUAACAGAGCACGCAUUGUGAUAAUAAAAUUCAAUUGUUUGCAAGCUUUGUUCAUUUGUAAGACGAUUCACGGUUUAAUUAUAGACCAGGCAAACGUGCUUGACCUAUUUAAGUCAGUGUUGUUAAAAAGAUAAUAGGUAAAGAUGAUCUCUUUACGGCAACCUUUGUAUGUCUGUUUUCAGACAUAUAACUUAAUCUUCUUAAGACCUUCAAAUUGUUUUCUAUUGUUAAAAGCCAUUUUGGAGGACUUCUACGAACGCAAGACUUCGUUAAGGCAUUUUUCAGACAGAAGACGAAGGUAUUCAACUUCAAUUGACAGAUGUUCUUUUGAAGCUAUUCUGGGUCUUGCCAGAGAGAGGCUAAAGAAGACCUUCAAAUCUUGUUCUAUUGUCUAUUUGGAGGUUUUCUACAAAAACAAGGUUUCUUUAAGACCUUGGUAGAGGACUUUUUGAAGCUCUUCUUUUGAUAGAAUAUCUUAGAAGGAGGUUCUUAGAGACGAAGGAUUAUUAAAAAGUCUUCUAAAGGUAAAAUAUUUUUUCGAAUUUGUAUUCUAUCCACUAUGUAUGUUACGUUUUCACGUUUUGGUACUAAGGUUUUUUAAGGUUUUUUUUGGUGUUUUGUCACAAUUUCAAACCGGCAUCACAUUCUCUGACAGGUAAUUGGCUGUAGAUGUCCACGGUUUUGUGAAGGCCCCAUAUAAGCAACCGAUAUUCAGGCAUGUUAAUGAUUUGUUUUACGUUUUUUACCGAAAUUGUUUCAAAUUCGGAUUUGGAAGUUCGUAGCGGGUACUGCUUCCUAUGACCUAAAAUGACCAACACAAGUUCACGUCUUCGUGUAGCUCCUAUACAACGGUUCCUCUCAAUAUUUGGUAUUUUGAUGAUUUUUGCUACAUUUUUCAAACAAAUUAUCUUAAAGUUCGUGUUUGGAUUUCGUAAAGGGGACCACCUUCUCUGACAGAUAAUUGGCUGUAAAAGUCUAGUUUUCGUAUAGACCCAUAUGACUUUGAUACCUGAUACUCGGAAAUUUUCAAAUAAUAGAGGCGUAUUUCAAAGGAAUUCUCAAAUUUUGCUAAUUUCUUCCAAAUGCUGGGUGGUAUUGAAAGUUCGGCCCGAAUUUAGGUACUUCUUACUUUUAUACCCUACACCACAAGGUCUUUGUUCAUUUGUUUGUAACAGGCAAAAAGAAACGAGAUAGACCCAUAGUUCCUUUUGAUGAUUUGCAUAAAGUUUGAGUCGAUUUAUACAUGUCCGUCCGUCUGUCCAUGUAUUUUUGUAAACAAAGUACAUGUCGCAUUUAUUGACCGAUCCAGAUGAAAUUUUGCACAAAUCAUUUGUUUGGCCCAAGGACGAGCCCUAUUGAAAUUGGAGAUAAUCGGUCAAAAUUUAGGUAAAUAUCCUAUAUAUAUCUUCGUGCGAUUUGCUUUUUUGUGUGCACUAAACGUGUAAUAUCAGCCCAAAUAGUAUGGAAUUUUGCACAUACGAACAAAUUAGGCCAGAAAAUAAGUAUGCAAAUUUUGAUCGAAAUUGGUUCAGAUAUAGCAAUAGCUCCCAUUUAUAUUUUUCAUUCGAUUUGUUAGUUUUGUCCUCCUCAGCAGUAAUAUGCACUCUGUAAUAACAAUAUUUGUGGAAAUAUAUGAAAUACAGCUCAAAAAUAUCUUUGCUAAAUUUUAUCGAGAUCGGGUCAGAUUUGAAUAUAACUUCGUACGAUUUGCUGUGCACCAAACGUGUAAUAUAAGCCCAAAUGGGAUAGAAUUUGGCACUUUCGACCGAAUUGGGUCUAGAAGCUAGUAUGUCAAUCGUUUCAGACAUAGCUCCUAUAUAAAUUGUUCACCCGAUUUGUUAUAUUUGUUCCCCACAUCCGUAAUAUGCACUCCGUAACAACGAUAUUCAGGGACAUAUAUCAAAUGCAGCUCAGUAAUUUCUUUGCCAAAUUUUAUCAAGAUCGGUGCAGAUUUGGAUAUAGCUCGCAUAUAUAUCUUUAUCCGAUUUCAAGUUAAUUGUGCACCAAUGGGACAAUACAAGCCCGAAGUAAAAAGAUACAAAUGCUUCGGCACAUUUAGACCUUUGAACUUAAUAUACCAUUUGCCGUUAUUUUGAAUUUUCAAAAUUGUCUGGAGUUCCUUUAAGUAUGCUAUAAAAAUAUAGAAUAUAAAUUAUGGAAAUGCUUAUUUAGAUAUGA